CUUUAUGUUUGUUGUGACAAAACAGACUGGAUCAAUUGAUGUUUGGAGGCUCCAAGAGGACUUAAGCAGCCCUCCCAACUCUACAAACUUCAGCGUGGACAUAAAUUCCAGUUUUGUUCUCUAACAUUAAAGAGAAAAUGCUGCUAUCAGUGACUUCCAGGCCUGGGAUUUCAACUUUUGGCUAUAACAAGAACAACAAAAAGCCCUAUGUGUCACUGGCUCAUCAGAUGGCACCACCUAGUCCAAGCAACAGCACCCCUAACAGCAGCAAUGGGAGCAGUGGGAAUGACCAGCUGAGCAAAACCAACUUGUACAUCCGAGGAUUGCAGCCAGGCACUACUGACCAGGACCUUGUCAAGCUGUGUCAACCAUACGGCAAGAUUGUCUCCACGAAGGCCAUACUGGACAAGACCACAAACAAAUGCAAAGGCUAUGGCUUUGUGGAUUUUGACAGUCCUUCAGCAGCACAGAAGGCUGUAACAGCUCUGAAAGCCAGUGGUAUACAGGCACAAAUGGCAAAGCAACAGGAGCAAGACCCCACAAACUUAUAUAUCUCAAACCUCCCUCUGUCAAUGGAUGAGCAAGAACUGGAGGGGAUGCUGAAGCCCUUUGGACAGGUUAUCUCCACCCGAAUUCUUCGAGACACCAGUGGAAUCAGCAGAGGGGUUGGCUUUGCAAGGAUGGAGUCCACAGAGAAGUGUGAAGCUAUCAUCACCCACUUUAAUGGAAAAUAUAUUAAGACUCCCCCUGGAGUACCAGCCCCUUCUGAUCCCUUGCUUUGUAAAUUUGCUGACGGUGGGCCAAAGAAACGACAGAACCAAGGAAAAUUUKUGCAAAAUGGACGGGCCUGGCCAAGGAGUGGAGACAUGGGUGGUAUGGCCUUGACUUAUGACCCCACCACAGCUCUUCAGAAUGGGUUUUACCCAGCCCCUUAUAACAUCACCCCCAACAGGAUGCUGGCUCAGUCUGCACUCUCCCCAUAUCUUUCAUCUCCUGUGUCGUCUUAUCAGGGAAGGAAAGAACAUGCAUUUCUAACAAGUCCCCAGAGAGUGACUCAGACAUCUCCUCUACAAUUACCUAACCCAUCUUGGAUGCACCACCAGUCAUACCUCAUGCAGCCUUCAGGUUCAGUUCUGACACCAGGGAUGGAUCACCCCAUUUCUCUUCAGCCUGCCUCCAUGAUGGGGCCUCUUACCCAGCAACUGGGCCACCUCUCGCUGAGCACCACAGGCACGUAUAUGCCAACGGCUGCAGCUAUGCAAGGAGCUUACAUCUCACAGUACACCCCUGUGCCUUCUUCCAAUGUUUCAGUUGAGGAGAACAGCAGCCAACAGAAUCAAGUGGCAGUGGAUACGCCCUCAGACCAUGGGGUCUAUUCUUUCCAGUUCAGCAAGUAACACUGGCUAACCCUGCCUACUUUGUCUUUUUAURUUUUUAAAUUUUAUAAAUAUCCUUUUUAAAUGAAAUUUUAUAUGGAAUUUUGGAGGCUGAGCAAGGAAUAGACGUGGCUUUUUUCCUGACCCUGCCACAUCCUGGGAGAAGAGACUAGACUUUGCCUUCAGGAAGCAGAAAUGUGACCUAAAUUCAUUUGAGAGAUGACCCACAGCUUUGGGAUUUACUCGUGAAGCAAAUUUGAUUGAAGACCAGGUCUCGCAGUCUCYGGAAGGAUGGACUGACUGACUUCUGACUAGCUCUUCUCACUGCAGAGUCUGUCACCCUCUGAGGAAGGUGUCUUUUCCGUCGGCUCCAGAUUUUUCAGAAUGCCUGCCAUCCUGCCUCCUGGUGGAUCUUUUCUGCCCAGGUUGCGUGGCCUCUCUUUCUGCUGCACAUUGCUGUGCUCCAGGCCUUUAUAGCUGUGACSUUGCUGCAGAGCAGUGUGUCUCAAGGGAGGUGCUUUUACCCCCCAGAGACCAUUGCAGUUAUCUGAUGACAUUUUUUAUUGCUAUGCCUGGGAGUGGGAGUGUGUGUGUUAUUUGCAUCUAGUUGCUAGAGACCAAGGAUGCCACUAAACAUCCUACAGUACAAAGGAGAGCCCCACUAUGCCCAACAAAGAAUUAUCUAUUUCAUAAUAUCAAUAGGGCCAAGACUGAGAAACCUGGAUGUUGGCAGUGUUUUCCUGACUUCUCGGCUGAGGUAAAUUCCCACCCAGUCCUGGACACACAGUGCCCUUUAACACUCAUGCAACUGGUUUGGAUGGAUGGAAUUGGUAUUCUUGAAUUCUCCCUGGACUCCAACCUUUGACACUUCUGCAUGUAACAAGAGCUGUCCUUAUAAGGCUCAUGGCUCUUGUGCACAUGCUAAAUACACAGACACACACACUUGGAGGGAGGAAGGUACGGAUUGUUUUGUGGAUGCUAUGCAGGGAUGGGAAAGGAGUUUUCUGUGACCGUAGAGUGCUCUGCCCUUCCCUACUUUGUUUAGACCCCUUCCCUAGGGAGCCAGAAUAUUGGGAAUAAUUUUCCUUCUUGUUGAAGGACCACAAAGAGCUAGGGUAGAAAAAUGAAGUACAUCCCAUCUCAUGAUUUAUAAGGUCAGAUCUUUAUAAAUAAAGACUCUAGCUCUGUCAGAUGCAGUGGCACAGGCCUGUUAUCCUAGUGACUAGAGAGGUGGUAGCUUAGCAAGAUCUUGUCUCAAAGUGAAAAAUAAAAAGGACCAAAGAUGUAUGUAAUUCAGUGGUAAAGCACCUCCAGGUUUAAUCCCUGGUACCACAAAACAAACAAACAAACAAACAAACAAACAAAAACAACUUAUUUUUCUCACAUCAAGAUAAGCAGGAAAAAGCCUUUGCCCAUCUUCUGGAAAAUAAGAUCCUACUUCUGUCUUCUUCCAGUCACUCUCUCAUGUAUCAAAAGGAGAACUCUAUUCCCCUUUACUCAGAGACCAGGAGGCAUCUGCACCAGACAAAGCAAAUAAUGGAGAUGGAUAAAUAAGUGUUCAUGGGCUGGUGUGGAGAAAAAGAGAGGAUGAAAGCUGGAAGAGAAACUGAGGUGUCAGUGGCUGCACAUAGAGCUAGGCCCAGCUUUCCCUUCUUUCCCUUUUGCCCCAUAAUUGAGGUCUUCCCUGCCAUCAGUCUUUGUACAUCCUGGGGAUAAAGGAGUUGGGGGCAGUGGGUAGGAAUACAAAGUGUAAAGAACAAAAUUGCCUCUGUUUUCUCAUUGGUGCUUUCAACCCCAGGAACAUCUUAUCCAGCACAAAAGCUCCAAGUCCAUUAACCCUCCAGGAGGGUUUGGCUUAGCAGACGGUGCUUGCUUUGUCUCUAACCUUCAGUAAAGUGAAAUAUUCCAGAGCUGCUAUCUCAUCAGU